AUGGAUUUAACCCAACAAUUUGAUGGUGUGGUGUUAACGUCCGAAACAUUGCAGGUAGGUCCUCAAGAAAUUCAACAGGCCAUAGACCAAUUGGAUGAAGAUUUGAAAAAGGCCAUACAACUGGCUUAUGCCAAUAUUAAAGCGUUCCACGAAGCUCAAAAACGAGAAACGCUGGUUUUAGAAACCAUGCCUGGGGUUUUAUGCGAACGUCGAGCGGUGCCCAUUCAAAAAGUGGGUUUGUACAUUCCCGGUGGAUCGGCCCCUUUGUUUUCCACAGUACUGAUGCUAGCAGUACCAGCUCAAAUAGCGGGUUGUGAACAAAUGGUAUUGUGUACCCCGCCCAAUGCUCAAGGGCAGAUUCAUCCUGCCAUUUUGUUUACAGCGCAUUUGUGUGGCAUUACUAAAAUAUAUAAAUUAGGUGGUGCUCAGGCCAUUGCAGCCAUGACUUUGGGUACGGCCAUAGUUCCCAAAGUGUAUAAGUUAUUUGGGCCUGGCAAUCAAUACGUAACGGCGGCCAAACAGUAUGCUCAAAACUAUGGCGUGGCCAUUGAUAUGCCAGCUGGGCCAUCCGAAGUUUUGGUGGUGGCCGAUCACACGGCCAGCCCAGCAUUUGUAGCGUCGGAUUUGUUAUCCCAAGCCGAACAUGGUUCCGACAGCCAAGUGGUGUUGUUGUGUACCCAUCCCGAAUUAAUCCCUCAAGUGGAAGUGGCUCUGGAUCAACAAUUAAACGAAUUGCCUAGAAAAGAAAUCGCUCAAAAGGCUUUGAAUCACGCCCGUUUGGUGCAAGUGGCCGAUUUGGAUCAAGCCUUGGAAAUCAGCAAUGCCUACGCCCCCGAGCAUUUAAUUUUAUCGGUAGAGCAUCCCCGAGCAUGCAUUGACAAAAAACUUUUAUCGAUUCAAAACACUGGAAGUGUUUUGCUAUAUGGUGUGUUGGGUAAAGCCAUUAAGGCCCAAAGUGCCAACCAGCAAAAAAUAGUGGAAUCGGCCCAAACCCACGACAUGAUAUUUGCGGUGGGGCCUGCGGGCACUGGCAAAACGUAUACCGCUGUGGCUUUGGCCGUAAAAGCCCUCAAGUAA